UUUACUUUUCGAUGGCAAGAACAAAUUUAUUUCAUUACACACCUUUUCUUGUGGCUAUUCUUUUGAUUCUCCUCCAAUUCUAUAUUUCCUCCGCCGAUCGCGACGACGAUGAAAACCAACGACCUCCUUUUGUUUCGGAUGGAUGCAAUGGAGCGGCUUGUGGGAGAGGCAAAUGUGUGCCUUCGACGUAUACGCUUUUAGGGUUUGAAUGUGAAUGCGAAGAAGGGUGGAUGCAAGCUCGAGCUCCCGACGCUAAUUUUCUUAAGUUCCUCCCUUGUGUCAUUCCCAAUUGUACACUAAACUACACAUGCGAAGAUACAGAUCAUCCACGUGAAUACCCCAACAAUCCAAGCAUACCACGAGGAUUCCCUAAUUAUCCUUACAAUCCGAACCUUCCACAUGAAAAUCCUAAUGGUCCGAACAUUCCACGAGAAUAUCCAAACAAUCCUGGUUUUCUCCCAAAUAAUCCAGAAUCUCCAAACAAUCCUGGUUUUUUUCCAAAUAAUCCAGAAUCUCCAAACAAUCCUAGGUUUCCAAACAAUCCUGGUUUUUUUCCAAACAAUCCAGAGUUUCCUCCGAAUAAUCCAGGAUUUCCACGUGAAUUUCCAAACAACCCAAAUAAUCCAGGAUUUCCAAACAAUCCUAGGUUUCCAAACAAUCCAGAGUUUCCUCCAAAUAAUCCAGGAUUCCCACGUGAAUAUCCUAACGAUCCUGACAACAAUGGACCUAAUAACUUCUUUAAUCCUUGCUCGUUUAACGAUUGCGGAGGAGGCCUAUGCAGCGUAAUGUCUCCGAUCACACAUAGUUGUAUUUGCAGAGAAGGGUUUUACAAUUUGUUCAAUGCAACAAUAUUUCCAUGUUACCGAGAAUGUGCUUUUGGAGCGGGAUGUUCUGGUUUACGGAUCAACACAACAACCUCGGUCCUCGACCCAAAUCCUGUUUUACAAGACAAUGGUGAAGAUCUGAUAGGUGGGGCUGAAGUUGGUUGUUUGGUUGCUGUAGUGACAACAUUGGCUAAUAUUAUCUUUAAACUUAUUUAAAUAUUGAACUAUAUAUUAAUAUAUAUA